AUGUCUCUUCCUAAGCGGGAGGUGGAGGAGUUGAGGCCGUGGGUAGAGCGAACAGUGAAGAAGGUUUUGGGCUUCUCGGAACCGACGGUGGUCACUGCGGCUCUGCACUGCGUGGGGAAAGGACUCGAUAAAAGGAAGACCACAGACCAGUUGCGUCCUUUCCUUGAAGACUCUGCUGGAGGAUUUGUCGAUCGGUUGUUUGAAGCUGUGGAGGAGAGUCGUACUUCUCGAGGUGGAAAAGGUGGAUCAGAAAAGGGCAGAAAGAGGGAAAUAAAGGACGUCUUUUCUGAUGAGACUGAAACUGGGUUGUUAAGAGAGGACAAAGGAGAGGCUGUGGUAAAGCGCAAAAGAGUUCCACGUUUUCAAGAAGUCGAAGAACCAGAAUUUAUGUCUGCAGCAUCCACAGAGAGUGCUAGCAUGCUCUCCAAAAUACAGAUCAAACAAAUGAUGGAGGCAGCCACAAAACAGAUUGAAGAACGCAAGAAACAGCUUUCUUUUACCACUCCUACAUCACGCCUGUCAUCAGAUUCUCGACUUGGUGCUGGAGCCGCAUCCAUUGGUCCAUCACAAGCUGCCAGUUUUAUGAAUGAUGCAAUUGAAAAGGCUCGCAAAGCUGCAGAACUACAAGCUCGUAUCCAGUCCCAGCUCUCAUCAAAACCUGGUAUUCUCGGGGCUUUGGCAAACCCAUCACCCAACAAUCAUUUUGUGGCACUGGCCAACCUUCAUGCUAUGGGCAUAGCACCACCCAAAGUUGAGGUGAAGGAGAUGAACAAGCCCACCCCUCUUAUUCUGGAUGACAAGGGAAGAACUGUAGACGCCAGUGGAAAAGAAAUAGAACUCACACAUCGUAUGCCGACACUGAAGGCCAAUAUCCGUGCUGUAAAGAGGGAGCAAUUCCGACAGCAGCUAAAGGAGAAGCCUGGAGAGGAAUUAGAAUCCACCUUUUUUGACAAUCGUGUGCUUGUGGCACCUGCUCAGCGCAUUCGCAAGGGCUUCAAAUUUCAUGAACAGGGUCGUUUUGAGAAGAUAGCACAAAGAAUUAGAACAAAGGCCCAGUUGGAGAAGUUACAGAAUGAAAUUGCUCAGGCGGCAAGAAAGACUGGAAUCCAAGCCUCCACAAAGCUAGCUCUGAUUGCUCCCAAAAAGGAGCUUGGUGAAGGAGAGGUACCCCACAUCGAGUGGUGGGACUCGUACAUCUUACCUACAAAUAAAGAAUAUGCUUCACAGACUAAAUUUGAAGAAUUGGAGCUUUUUGGUGUAACAAACCUUGUAGAACACCCAGCUCAAAUAAAACCACCAGUGGACAUGGAUAAAGCGGUAACGCUAGGCGUAUACUUAACAAAGAAAGAACAAAAAAAGCUCAGACGACAAACUCGCAGAGAAGGCCAAAAAGAAGUACAAGAAAGAGUGCGUCUGGGUCUGAUGCCUCCACCAGAACCCAAAGUUCGUAUUUCUAAUCUGAUGAGGGUGCUUGGGACGAGGCAGUCCAGGACCCCACAAAGGUUGAAGCGCACGUUUCGAGCACAGAUGGCCAAACGACAGAAGGCUCAUGAAGAGGCCAAUGCAGCUCUUUACAGAAUCCGCAACUUGCACAAUCCUGCCAAAAAGUUUAAGGUUGAGGCCAAUGCCAACCAACUGUACCUGACGGGCACUGUCGUUAUGCAUAAAGACAGCCCCAAAUCACAAAAGAAAUUCAAAAGGCUCAUGAUGCACAGAAUCAAAUGGGUAGAACUCAGCAGUAAAAGAGAUGAUCGUGAUGAUGAUGAUACAAAGAGGAAUAACAAGUGUUGGCUGAUAUGGGAGGGCACUGCUAAGGAGCGCAGUUUUGGGGAAAUCAAGUUUUAA